AUGGCACCAUCCACGAGCGCUGGUCUACACGGCCUUCUAGCUGCGAGCCUGUUCACUGCGGCCUCGUCAGCCGACAGUGUCAGUCCUCGAGAUGCCGUCCCAUCGGGCUUCGUCGCUGCCCCUUACUACCCGGCACCCUAUACGGGAUGGAUCGCAAAUUGGACCGAGAGCGUGGAAAAGGCCAAGGCCUUGGUAGAUACUAUGACCUUGGCUGAGAAGGCAAACAUCACGGCCGGUACUGGUAUCUAUAUGGGUGUCUGCGUGGGCAUGACCGGAAGUGCACCUCGAGUUGGCUUCCCGCAACUCUGCCUUCAAGACUCCGCCCUUGGCGUCCGCGAUACCGAUAACAUCACAGCCUUUCCAGCAGGCGUCACGACAGGCGCGACCUGGGAUAAGGACUUGAUCUACCAACGAGGAGUGGCUAUUGGCGAGGAAUUUCGUGGCAAGGGUGCCAAUGUCUAUCUGGGCCCUGUUGUUGCUCCUCUGGGCCGGAAACCCCGUGAUGGUCGUAGCUGGGAAGGCUUCGGAGCGGAUCCCGUUCUAUCAGGCAAAGGCGCCGCCCUAACGAUCCAAGGUGUCCAGGAACAGGGCGUGAUGGCGACGAUUAAACACCUGAUUGGAUAUGAGCAGGAGAUGUGGCGGGAGUACAACAUCAUCCAGCCGGGCUACUCGGCCAACAUCGACGACCGGACAAUGCAUGAGCUGUACCUGUGGCCCUUCGCGGAAGCAGUCCGCGCUGGCGUUGUCUCGGCCAUGGCGGCCUACAACGCUGUGAAUGGUUCCGCCUGCAGCCAGAACAGCUAUCUGAUCAACAACCUCUUCAAAGACGAACUUGGCUUUCAAGGGUUCAUCAUGUCUGACUGGCUGGCGCAGAUGUCUGGGGUCGCCUCCGCCCUGGCAGGCCUGGACAUGGGCAUGCCUGGCGAUACUAUCAUUCCUCUGCUCGGAUACUCGUAUUGGAUGUACGAGAUGACAACAGCUGUCUUGAACGGUUCCACACCCGUCGACCGUCUGGACGAUGCAGCUGUCCGGAUCGUCGCCGCUUGGUACCAAAUGGGACAAGACAAUGAUUAUCCCGAGCCCAACUUCUCAUCCUACUCAACAGAUGCCGUUGGCCUUCUUCACCCUGGUGCGCUGAGUGGACCCACUGGGGUGAUUAACCAGUUCGUGGACGUACGCGGAGACCAUGCUGUCGUCGCUCGAGAGGUUGCCCGAGACGGUAUUACCAUGCUGAAGAACGAUGACAAUCUCCUCCCACUCUCGACCGAUACUCCUCUGUUCCUCUUCGGUACGGAUCAAGCGGUCAAUCCAGACGGUCCCAAUGCCUGCGUUGACAGGUCCUGCGACACUGGAACCCUCGGAAUGGGCUGGGGCAGCGGCACUGCCCGUUAUGAAACUUUCAACGACCCACUCACUGCAAUCCAGGCCAACGCCACGAAUGUUACCUCCUUCAACACUGACUCGUUCCCGAGCGACGUUGGGACCGUGACUGAUGACGACGUUGCUAUUGUCUUUAUCACCUCCGACUCUGGUGAGAACUCAUACACGGUGGAAGGAAACGCCGGCGACCGAUCCAGCUCGGGUCUGGUCGCGUGGUACGACGGCGAUGAGCUCGUCGAGGCUGCCGCGGCCAAAUUUAGCAACGUUAUCGUUGUGGUCCACACUGUCGCCCCCAUCAUUGUCGAGCCGUGGUAUGACCUGGAUUCCGUCAAGGCGAUUCUCUUUGCGCACCUACCCGGUCAGGAGGCUGGGUACUCCCUGACAGAUGUCCUGUUCGGCGCCGUGUCUCCCAGCGGCCACCUGCCCUAUACUAUUCCUGUUGCGGAGGAUGACUAUCCAUCCUCUGUCAGCUUGACUGGCUUUGCGUUUGGACAGAUCCAGGACACGUACACGGAAGGACUUUACAUCGAUUACCGCUAUCUCAACAAGGUCGGCACCAAGCCUCGCUACGCCUUCGGCCACGGACUCUCUUACACCAACUUCACCUACACCAAUGCCACUAUCACAAAGGUAACCCAGCUCACCACCCUGCCGGCCAGCCGCACCGCCAAGUCCGGCCUGCCCUCCUAUAAUACCACCAUCCCCCCGGCGUCCGAGGCAUACAAGCCCGCAGACUAUGACGAGAUCUACGUCGACCGUUACCUGUACCCUUGGCUGUCCGACGACGAUGCUGCAGCCGCCGCGGCGACCGGCGAAGCCGUUGCUGCUGGCACGAAUUCCGGAUAUGACUAUCCGGAGGGUUACAGCACCACCCAGACCGCCGGACCCGCCGCCGGAGGCGGUCUGGGUGGCAACCCAGCGCUGUUCGAGACGGCCUACACCAUCAGCGUGGUCGUUACCAACGUCGGCUCCGGCUCGACCGUUGAAUCGCCGCUCUCUAACUCGACCAAGCGGGCAACGACCGGCUACAGUGGCAAGGCUGUGGCGCAGGCCUACGUGCAGUAUCCUGACAGCGACUACGACACACCCAUUAUCCAGCUGCGCGACUUCGAGAAGACCGACACCCUCGCCGUGGGCGAGAGCCAGACGGUGGAGCUGACCUUCACAAGGAAGGAUGUCUCGGUGUGGGACGUUGUCGAGCAGAACUGGGUGGUUCCUGUCGUGGAUGGCGCCUACAAGUUCUGGAUUGGAGAGGCAAGCGAUGCGCUUUAUCUGGCGUGCGGUGCCGAUACCCUCACUUGCGAGGAGGAUCAGACGCCACCUGUGUAA